AUGCAGCACGAAGAGCAGGGAAAGAAUCUGGUAUCUCUGCCCUACACUACAGCAACAGCUGUUCUUCACAGUGAUGGCACCAUCUGGCUGGAACCUGAAGUCCUCUUUUCUGGACCAAGACAGGCCUUUGAGUUUCCACAGAUUAACUACUCUCGGUGUCGUGGGAAGAAGUAUUCCUUCGCUUAUGGCCUGGGACUCAACCACUUCAUCCCUGACAGGAUAGUCAAGCUGAACGUACAGACCAAAGAGACCUGGGUGUGGCAGGAGGAAGACUGUUACCCAUCAGAGCCGGUGUUUGUACCAACACCCGAAGCUACAGAGGAGGAUGAUGGUGUGCUGCUGAGUAUCGUGGUGAAGCCCGGUGCAGACAGACCAGGUGUUCUGCUGGUGCUGGAUGCCAUGAAACUAACAGAGCUGGCCAGGGCGGAGGUCAACACCAUCAUCCCUGUGACACUCCACGGCAUGUACAAACCAUGACCCUGACCUUCAUCCCAACCCGGCCAAGACACAUCCUAAAGUGUUACACUGUGAGGCGGGGGAUUGGCUGGACUUCGGCAAGCCUGGUUGAUCCCGCCUCCCACCUCCGACGAUUCUGAUUGGAGCGGCACACCACCCCUUCUCCAAUCGCCAAGCUGCCUGCAGGACCGCCUUCGUGCCUUCCCCCUCAAAUAGGCUGGUCUGCUGCUGAUUCGGGGCAGCUACCUUUUGCCAUGUGGUUUGCCCUGACGCUGGUCCUAACCUUGAACUCUGUGUGUGCGUGUAUCCUCAGUGGAAACAGCUUCUGUGUUUGUGAGAUCUGUGUGUUACUGAGAGUUGGUAACUCACCUGGGCUAGUCUACAGACUUGGGCUAGGGGAAGCUCGUUCACUGAUUACCCACACCUGGUAGUUAAAUAUUUGUUUAGUGACACUAGGUUUAGGGGUGCUGCGCUCCCUGUGUUUUUCCACUUCUGAGCAACGGCUAGAGAGGUUUUUGUUUAUCUUUUUUCAAGUAGUUUAGUUCCCACGUAGGAGGGAUCUCUUUUUGUUAUAUUUGGUUCUUUGUUUUACGCAGCACCCACUUGCCCAUUUUCUGUUUGACUAUUUUGUGUGCAUCCGACUGCUUAAUAAAUAAUCUUUCCACCCAUA